AUGGAGAGUGUUAAACUAAAAUUUCAGCUUGAGGGUUGUUUGUCAAAUGAAGUACAAGGGGGGAAACUAUGGAUUUUAUGGGACAAGGGGGUGAAGGUAGUGUUGGUGGAAUCGACGAAUCAGUUCAUUACAGUAGUGACUGAGUUUCAAGGCAAGCAAGUGUGCAUUUCGUUCGUUUAUGCUAAAUGCACCCAGGUGGAGCACAGGAAGCUAUGGCAAUCUUUGUCUAAUGGGGUGAGGGGAUCUACCCCAUGGCUUGUAUUAGGAGAUUUCAACAUCAUUAGAAAUGAUUUGGAACGUAGAGGUGGAAGGCCUCGACAAUAUGCGGCUAUGGAGGAAUUUAAUUCUUUUAUUGAUUCUACUGGAUUAUCUGAAAUGAGAUAUUCUGGAAACCGUCUUUCGUGGUGCAAUGGACAUGAAGGAGCCUCACGGAGCUGGGCUUGUUUAGACAGGGUUCUUAUGAGUGCUGAGGUACUGUCUCUUUUUCCUGAUGCUCACCUAGAUUACUUAGGAAGAAGUACGUCGAAUCACUCUCCUAUGGUGAUUCGGCUGACUAAUUCCUCAACAUCAUAUGGUUUUCCUCCCUUUAAAUUCCAUCAAAUGUGGGUUAAACAUGAGGUGCUCAUGGAGUGUGUGAAGGUUUCUUGGGAGAAGGGGAUGAUGGAGAGGGGAAUGGCUCGCUUGGAAAAAAAAUUGAAAAGAUUGAAAAGUUCCCUACAUGGGUGGAAUAAGGAAGUCUUUGGGGCUAUGACACUUAAUAUUAGACUCUUGGAAGAUAGAGUGGAGAAGUUAGAAAAUAAAAUGCAAGAGGGCUUUAAUGAGGAAGAUGAACAAGAUUACUUGGUAGCAAAAAUUGAACUGAACACUUGGCUGGAACGUGAAGAAACAAGGUUGAGACAACAAGCUAAACUAUCGUGGCUGGAAAAAGGUGAAGCCAGUGCAAGUUUCUUCUGA